UUACCCGCCCUCAUAUCGUUAAAAUCCUUGACGGCGAUAUUUUUUUCUCUAUUGCAAUCAUUGCUCUUCGAAACCUCCCUCUCACUCACCAGUUCCCUAUUUGUCCCCUAAUUCCCCCGCCGGUAUAACUCGCCGGACUAAACCCCGCCGUCGCUACCUCCUUCGCUAGAUCGACACUAACCAACUCUUCAACCAACUUUCACUACUCUCUCUUCUCCUCGCCCUCGUUUUUAUUACCAGCAGAAUUUACAAGUUCAACAAGCAGACGAAGACGACAACGACUACGAAGAAGAAGAUCUGCUUUCCGUUAGGUCUUAAACGUUACCUUUAAUUUGCUUUCCCGGCUUUGAUGGUAACUACAACAUUGCUUUGUAUGGUUAAUCGGAAUAUGUUAUAUUAACAUUAAGGGAUUUGGGGGUGUGGAUGCAAUUUUAUAUGGUGUUAUUGGAAGGGAGGGCAUUAAAAAAAUUAGGUGUGGAUGGAACAUAGUUAUGGGUUUGAACAGCAUGUUGCUCAACAAAGUCGGCGUGAUAAGUUAAGGGUUCCGCAGAAUUAUUUACGAGUUGGGGAAGUAUCGAGAAAUUCUGAUGAACAAUUGAGUUUUCAUAACUCGGAGCAUUCGGGAGUUGAUUUGGAUAUUGUUAGAAUUCAAAGUUUUAACAAGGAUGCAAUUUUGCCUCAUGAUCACUCAUCUUUGCUACCUUCAGAAAUGAUAAAUUUCUCAAGAGACUCGAACGUUUUAUCGAACCAAAGGGAUAUGAUGUUGCGUCAAGAACUGGAAGACCCGGCGCAAUGCAGUAGACAAAUUGUGACAGAUAAUAGUAUUGAUUAUUGGAAAAGUUCUCAUCAAAGCUGUGAUUGGGUGGUGAACUGUGGAAGUAAUUCUUUUGGAGGUGAAAUGUUGAAUCAGGAAGUAACUGAUUCUACAGUGUAUUCACUGAAGCCAACUUGCAUUGGAUUCCCAACUUCUUCCUCUUUUAACAAUACAUCCAACCAGACAUUCAAUCAGGAUGGACAAAAACGUAUAGUAGGAGAAUUGCAUUUGCCUCCAAUUUACCAAAAUACCCUUCAGGAUGUUGUUACAUCAGCCUCUAUUCGAACUCAGGGUCUUGAAAUGACAUCCAUUGUACAGCAUAAUUUUACCGAGAUUAACCAAACUGCUGCUUGUGAAGGCAGUGCGAACGAGCUUGCUCUUCUUCCGGUAUACAGGGAUCAGCCAAAUGUGUUGCCUUAUGACAGUACUGGUUCUUGGACUGAUAGAACUUACUAUAAUUGCCGCAGCUGGAUUGGUGAAUUGGGGUCUAUUGCUAGAAAAACCGAUGAAGAGUUAAGGUCUUUUAUGAGUGAUUCCAAUCCACAAGGUCUAGCCCUGUCGUUGUCUUCGAAUCCACCGUCUAAACUGCCCACCACACAGUUUGAAGAAUCAGAGGAUUUGCAGGAAAGUAUAACUGUGUUAAAAAAUUCACAAGAAUCCAAAACAAUCAAAUCUGAGAAUUUGUGUAGAUUACCAAAGCCUACAUCUAUUGGAACUAAAAAUUAUGGGAAAUCUUUGCAAGAUGUGAUGGGAGUUCCUGUGAAUCCAUAUAGAAAUACAGGUCCUCUUGGCCCCUUUACUGGGUAUGCAACUAUUUUAAAGAGUUCAAAAUUCUUAAAACCUGCCCAACUGCUGUUGGAUGAAUUUUGUGGCUCAAAUGGUCAUAGGUUUGUCCUACCAUGUGAGGUAUUUGAGAAGACACCCGGGGAAGUUGGUGUCUCAACGGUUUUUAAUGCAUUUAGAAAUGAGGUUGUGAAGGAAAGUAGUUCGUGUGCAGACGCCUCUACAUUCUGCGGCUCAAACGAAUCAAAUAUUAGUGGAGUUGGAAGCAUCUCUUCUGAAUCUCAUCAACCGGAGUAUCAGCAAAAGAAAGCAAAACUUCUAUAUAUGCUCGAGGAGGUUUGCAGAAGAUACAAACAAUAUCAUCAACAAAUGCAAAUGGUAGUUUCAUCCUUCGAAUCAGUAGCUGGUCUUAGUUCCGCAACACCCUACAUUUCCCUGGCGCUGAAGACAGUCUCAAGACACUUCCGGUCUCUAAAGAAUGCCAUCUCUGAACAACUGAAGUAUCUGAGGAAGGUACUUGGUGAGGAUUUGUCAUCCCCUUCUGCUGGGACAAGCGGCAGCAAAGGCGAUGCAAAUUCAACUAGGUUGAAAUAUAUGGAACAGAGCUUCCAAAAGCACAAAUCUGGCAUUGUCAAUAUUGGAUUCCUCGAAUCCCAAAAUGCAUGGAGGCCACAGAGAGGUUUGCCUGAACGUGCCGUAGCAAUCCUUAGAGCAUGGCUCUUCGAGCAUUUUCUUCACCCAUACCCCACAGACACAGAUAAACACAUGUUGGCCACUCAAACAGGCCUAUCUCGAAACCAGGUGUCUAAUUGGUUCAUAAAUGCUCGAGUGCGGGUGUGGAAGCCAAUGGUUGAAGAGAUACACAUGCUAGAAACCAAGGGCAUGGAAGAAACGAACAACAGAAGCCAUGGUACGAGAGAUGGAAGUUCUACAUUAGAAAACACAGCCGGUUGGACCAGUAACGAACACCAGCCUCUAAAAAACCAGGGUGUUGUAAAUGAGAUGUCUAGUCAUCAUUUGCAGUGCUUUGGGGUAGAUUCCACCAGUGGCGACCAAAAUGGACUCGGCAGCAGCGCCCAACAGUGGGAUCAAGGCAAACAAUCAAAAUUGGACAAUGGGAUUCAGUCCAACAUGGAAAGAGAACUGAUGGGGUUCAUGCCAUAUCAAGCCAGUGCAGCCGAGGUUGGAGGACUCGGAGCUGUCUCUCUAACAUUAGGCCUUCGCCACAGAGUCGAGAGUGCACACCAUCAACAGCAACGGCAUCAAUUGCAGCAACAAGAUGACCAACUAAUUCGCCACUAUGGAAGCGAAAUGAUCCAUGAUUUUGUGGGGUAAUUUGGCUCACCAACCAACUUUUCAUGAUAAAAAGCAGAAGAAAGGGACUAAUCAUUCGCACGCAUGGAAUUGAUGGACGAAGCCAUAGUUUAACAUAUCAUUCCUAUUGAUCCAUACUAACAAUCAGCCCACAAAUAUCCGUUGGUUUCAAGAAUGGAAAAUUGGGCUAUCACUGUUUAAGAGAGAAGAGACAAAUUAUAAUAUUUAAUUGGUGGGAGGGCGGGGACAAGAUGUAGGAAAGUUAGAUUUGUCGGUGGGUUGUUUAAAAAUACUGUUGGGUAUUUAGCUGAACAAUGGAAAACAACGGAAAUGUAGAAUAGUUGGAUUAUUUUUAAAUGAAGAUUUAUCUUUCUUGUGAACA